AUGUCUCAAUCUCAAUCAAUUUCAGAUCUUGCCCCAGAUGUCGAAAAGGGCAACCCAAUCGAACAAAUACCAACCACAUCAACUUUCCGUCACGAUGAUCAAAAUAUCUACAUCAACGAUACUGCUAUCCCAAAAGAAGAGUUCAUGUACGCUUUUGGGGGUACAUUGACUACUGGUCGUCAAUCUGUGCAUCGUAGUUUUGGUAAUCCUGUCCCUGCUGGUUUGGCGGCUUUUUCUUUGGGUACAUUUUCACUAGGGCUUAUCCUUCUGCAGGCCAGAGGUGUGACAGAUCCAACGAUACUUGUGGGAUUGUUUUUAUUUGUUGCAGGGCUUGUGGAAAUUAUUGCAGGUAUAUGGUGCAUUGUCGUGGAGAAUACUUGGGCCAGUGUAGUUUUCUUGGGAUACGGUUCUUUUUGGAUAGCUUAUGGAUGCAUCGUGACCCCCGGAUUGGGACUUGCUGCGGCCUACGAUACAGUUGAAGACUUCAAUAAUGCUGUGGCAAUGUUUUUAUGUCCAUGGACCGUACUGACUUUCAUCCUUUGGAGUUGUACCUGGAAAUCCACUUGGCCACUGACCGCCCUGGUUUUCGUGGUGUUCCUAUUGUUCUUAGUACUGACGAUUGGAUACUACACCAGCUCAGCUGGUACUAUCAAGGCUGGUGGAGCUGUAUCGUUUGUUGGAAGUAUACUUGGUUUUUACAAUAUGUAUGCUGGAAUUGCAGACUCUACAAACAGUUACUUGGUUGUCAAACCAUUGUUUAUGCCUCAUGCAGCAACUCCGAACUAG